AUGGCAGCUUCUUCCGAAUCGACAGAACAAUAUUGGAAGACUGGGAGUAUAUCCAGUCUUCUUGCACACGGCGCCCUCCCUGACUCCGACUCGAUAAUCUCUAACGCGAAGUCCACUGCUGAGACUGUAACCGAUUUCUACAACCGCACUCUGACGACUCGCAGAUAUGCCCUUGCUGGAGUGGCAUGCUCGAGUAUCAUCAGCUGCUUUUGCAUUGUUGCAGGCAUUCUCAUUAUUUCCACUCACGGAAUCUCGGGUAUCGUUCAAGUGCUAUCGUUUGAAAGCGAUCUGCAGUUAAGGAUGCUGUCCCUGACACUAAACUUGAUCGUCACAUUAUGCACGGAGUCCAUUGGCUUCAUGCAUAACAUCUCGUUGCGCUCUGCACUAGCCUCAGACUCCCGUCUUACUUUCAACAGCAAUCUACGCCUCAUGACCGCAGCUCGUGGAUGGUGCAAUCCUAACGGCGCCCUGUUUAAUGGUAUCAUGGCUGUCCUCCUCACUAUAUCCUACAGCUCAGCACCACUCGCCGUAUAUUACUUUUGGAUCGCAGGGUUCCCUCUCCUCAUUUUGGGCCUCACCCUUUUCCUGCAAGUGGCGAUCACAUUGGCAGGGAUGCGAGCUGUCAAAAUAUUGACGUGGAGCUCCUCACCUUUCGACGUCACUGCUGCUCUGAUUCACCACACACAAUUAACUCCAGCUUCUUUCCGAUGUAUGUGUGGUGUGUCCGACAUAGACACGACUGGAGGUCCAAUGAAGCCGUUGGAGGCACAGCCCUCAGCGUGGCAUGCUCACCCUAGCAUCCGAAAAGUUAUUUUAUUUAUUUGGGUGCUCGUUGUAGCAUGUGCUGGAUGGGGUGCGCUUGUCGUGUACAAACACAACACCACACCUACGUCCCCGCAAUCGUGGUCAUUUAUUCCCAGUGGUGACACUCCUGCCCUCACCUAUGAUGUUUCAACCUCCGGAGGUAACACUAUUUGGGUGUGGCUUCUGGCCGUUGUCAACAUAGCGGUUUUCCAGGCACCCUUGACACUUGGGCUGCAUUGCUCUGAGCUCAUCGUGAACGUCAUUCAAAAUGAAAGACAAUGGAGGUGUGCUACAUCAAGUAAUGGACUUUCCACAACAACGAACCCGCUGAAGGCAUUUCUCACUAAUCCCCUCGGUCUAGUCCUUUUUGUCCUGAAGCCUGUGCUACACUGGAUGUUCGGGCUUUCGUUCAUUUUCGGUCCUAUGUGGGUGGGAGGUGGCAACAACACAGUAUUUAUAGGAUUCGCGAUACAAAUGAAUACAUACCAGAUCUUCAACUUAUGUAUAGCACAGUUGAUAUUUGCCUCUGUCUUCACUCUCCUCGCACUGUGCCGACCACGUGGCCCCCAGCCAGCCACAUACGGGCACCUCCAGACACUCGCCAACCUCGUGGACGAGUGGUCGCCUGUGAUGUGGUGGGGUCACAAGGAAGAUGGAAUCCCAUAUUGUCAUGCUGGAACGAGCGGUCAUCCGCUGCCGGAUGUAAAGAUGGACUGUGUGUAUGCUCACUCCGGCGUUGUGUCCCAUCCUCCCAUCCCGGGAAAAAUACCCGCUGUUGAAAAGCCACACAAUCAAACGAGACAUCUUCAUGCUGUCUGCUGCGCAGGUAGUUCUCUUUAA